CUUUAUAAAAAGCUAAAUGCUCACAUGAUUUCAAAUUAGACGACCCAAGUAGUCCCUAUUUUCUUCUCUUUAACAAGAUGGCAAUGGUAGAAGAGAAAGGCCCUGCAGAUGAAAGAGAGGAUUACACGCAAGAUGGGACUGUGGAUCUCAAGGGUAGACCUGUUUUAAGAUCAAAGACUGGGAGAUGGAAAGCUUGUUAUUUCAUUGUAGGGUAUGAAGUGUUUGAGAGGAUGGCAUACUAUGGGAUUGCAUCAAAUCUAGUGAUAUAUCUAACAGAUAAGCUCCAUGAAGGCACUGUAAACUCUGCAAACAAUGUGACCAAUUGGGCUGGUACUGUAUGGUUGACACCCAUUUUAGGUGCCUACAUUGCAGAUACUUAUCUCGGCCGAUAUUGGACUUUUGUAAUUGCAUCAGGAAUUUAUCUCUUGGGAAUGUGCCUCCUAACCCUAACAGUCUCAUUGCCAACCUUAAAACCACCAUCUUGUGGUCAUGAGGUCAAAGUAGUGGACUGCAACAAACCAGCCUCUUCUUUGCAAGUGAGUAUAUUUUAUUUUGCCUUAUACAUAAUUGCUAUUGGGACUGGUGGAACCAAGCCCAACAUUUCAACCAUGGGAGCAGACCAAUUUGAUGACUUUGAGCCCAAGGAAAGGUUCCACAAGCUCUCCUUCUUUAAUUGGUGGAUGUUUAGCAUUUUCUUUGGCACCCUCUUCUCUAACACUUUCUUGAUCUACAUACAAGCAAAUGUGGGUUGGAGCCUUGGCUAUGGCCUUCCAACAAUUGGCCUAUUGAUUUCAGUUUUGGUGUUCUUGGUGGGUACUCCAUUUUAUAGACACAAACUGCCUUCAGGGAGUCCUAUGAUUAAGAUAACUAAAGUACUUGUGGCUGCUGUAAGGAAGUGGAAGGUAACUGUCCCAAAUGACCCAAAAGAGCUUCAUGAGUUGAGAUUGGAAGAAUAUGCCAAAAAUGGGAAAUACAGAAUUGAGUACACCCCUUCAUUAAGAUUCCUUGACAAAGCAGCGAUAAAGACCAAGGCAGCCUCACCAUGGAUGUUAUGUCCAGUGACCCAAGUAGAAGAAACAAAGCAAAUGAUGAAAAUGCUUCCAAUUUUGAUUGCUACAAUCAUACCAAGCGUCAUAGUAGCUCAAUCAAAUACACUUUUUAUCAAACAAGGCACCACCCUAAAUAGGAGCAUGGGUCCUCAUUUUGAAAUCCCUCCAGGAUGUCUCCAAGCAUUUGUGACCAUCUUCAUGCUGAUAAGCCUUGUAAUCUAUGACCGCCUCUUCGUUCCAACAGUCCGGCGCUACACAAAGAACCCUAGAGGGAUUUCAUUACUACAAAGACUAGGAAUUGGCCUUACGUUGCAUGUUAUUAUCAUGGUCACAGCUUGCCUUGCUGAAAGAAAGAGACUCAAGGUUGCAAGAGAAAACCAAAUAUUUGGCAAAAGUGAUACAGUUCCUCUUACUAUUUUCAUUCUCCUCCCCCAGUUUGGAUUGGUGGGCAUCGCUGAAGCCUUUGUGGAAGUUGCAAAGCUAGAAUUGUUCUAUGACCAGGCUCCAGAAAGCAUGAAAAGCCUGGGGACCUCAUAUUUCACUAGUACCUUGGGAAUUGGUCAAUUUCUUAGUAGUUUUCUUUUAAAAACAGUGGCAAAUAUGACCAAGAGGCAUGGCCACAAGGGCUGGAUUUUGGAUAAUCUAAAUGCAUCUCAUUUAGAUUACUAUUAUGCUUUCUUGGCCAUCCUCAGCUUUCUCAACUUCUUCUUCUUUCUGCUUAUAGCAAAGCACUUCAUUUACAAUGUUGACGUGACGGAAUCCAGGAGGGGCAUAGCCAUGGAAACUUCAAGCAAAGCAUCAUCUCAAGAUAAUGAAGUAUCAUCUCGAGAUAAUGAAGUCUUGAAGACGGGACUAAGCUUAUAAAAAGUUAUGUAUAUUGCUUGUUUUUCAUAAUCAAAUACAAUUAUUGUAAGCGUACCUCAGAAAUUUUCAAUUUCCAUUCUAAUGACUCAGAAAACUCAGGUAUAAAAGAAAUUUUAUCCAAUCUUAGAAGACUCAUUCCAAUGAA